AUGUUAGAAAAAGAAAAAAUCAGAUCAACAUUAAUCCCAAUUGAGCUAGUAAAAACUGAACUAUCAGUAGCAACUGUAGUAAUAAUUGGACCAUCAAUAGCAACUGCUGUGCUAACAGUGACAAUUAGACUAGCUGUACUAGUGACAGCUGGUUGUUUUUUUGGUGGUGGUGGUGCUAUAAAAUAA